UGUGGGCAUCAGAAGUUAUGUGUGAGGGACCAAGUUUUAGACUUGGUUUUAAAGGAGCCUAUCUCUUUCACUAUUCGCUUCGGCAGCAUCACUCUUCUCUUCGAGUCCCUAUUGGCCGUGCUCGACCGACAGCCGUCGACACAGACACCCGGUCAAUCUACAGGACGACCUGUCGUGUAUCUGGAUCUGGCUGGUUUCACACAGACCGCUCAUGCCACAUACUCUUCCGAUGGCCAUCGGCUCGUGUGAUAGCCGGGCCCAACUGCUAUUGCUGUUGGGUUAGACCGGUGAAAUGA